AUGACGAUUUAUUAUAUGAUUGUUUUUAUUCUACUGAUGAUAGAAGUAGUAUCAUUUGUGAUACUUAGCUUGCCAUUACCAUUGAAGGUGAGAAAAGCUAUCUUGAACACCGUCAGUCACUCUCCUAUUGCUGGUAAAAUAGAACAUACUUUGAAGAUUAUGAUCAUUUGUAUUUUAAUCUUGUUCUCGGAUUCUGUUCGUAGAGUCAUUCGUAUGAGCUCGGAAUUUGAAAUGUCUGGUAUAGCUGGUGGUUCUGUUGAAAAUGCCCGCACUGGAUUCAAGGCUGGCCAAUUUUAUGCUCAAAGAAACUUGUAUCUCUGUGGUUCUGCUUUGUUCCUUUCUUUGGUCGUCAACCGUUACUACCUUUCCCUCAAAAGCUUGAUCGCUAUAGAAGAGAAAUUUGAAGCUCUUCAAACUGAAGUCAAAUCCGGCAAAUCUGAUUCUAAAUCUUUAGAAGAAGCUGAUACUUUGCGCACGAAACUUGAAACUCGUGACAAAGAGUAUGCCACUUUGGCCGAUAAGUAUGCUGAAGCUACCAAGACUUUGGAGAAAAAGAAAGACAUUUAA